AUUCUUUCCAAAGACCUUGGAAAAUUCUGAAAAUAUGUAAUAUGUUUUUUAUAGGUUUCUCCAUAUGCUCUUUCAUCUCCACAGAUCAGAAAAUCGUUUAGAAAAAAAACGUUUUUGGCUUGAAGUACCAAGGUUUUCUAAAAACCGGGUCUUAGAGAGCCUAGCGGCCCAAACGGUUUUCAUAUUCGGAAUCAGCAUAGUCGAUUACCUAUUGUGAGCUGGACUAGAGCUAAAAAGCGAUUUAUCAGUUGGUGUCUUUCCCUCGUAAGACAGUAGGUAAAAUCAACUUAUCUUUUUCAUAUAAGUAGCGAUUAACAUAUAGUAUUCAAUAAGCUCUCUUCAGAUGUCUGAAGGAAGAGAUGGUUAGUAAUUCCAAAAAGUUUUAGUAGGAGCCUAAAGAGCUUAUCUAUACCUGAAGUAUCAUACUUUACAAGAUGUGAAAGAUCUCUCGCAAAUCUGAAGUUAUGGUUAACCACUUCUGCAUGACAAUAGAUCAAGACUUGUUUUAAAUGACUGAUAUGAUUUAACACAGAGCAGACCAAGUAAAAGAAUUUGCUUACCACUAUGCAUCUAUAAAUGACCGUAGUUUGUGCUCAAAACUUGUACAUUGUAUUCACUUAGUCUCUACUCUACAUUUAUUGUAAUUACCUGUUUUUUCUUUAAUAGUUAUGGAAAAUCAAUCCGCUCAAGAAUAUUUUGAUGGUCGCUCGGCAGCAAUAGUCUCUGGUGACAUCAUUUUUACCAAGUCUGCAAAUAUCGAUGGUCGCUGUGCUGCAGUACGCUCUGGCGAAGUGACCCUCAAUCAAGAUGGUCAGCCACGUGCAAACUCGAAAAGCAUCAACCAAGGUGAUCUCAUGGUGAAACCAAGUAAUAUACCAGAAAAUAGUCAGCGCAAAGCGUUUACCGAAUCAGAGAAAGAUGCCGCUUGGGAGAAAGCAGACACAAUCCCUGGGACUAAUCCUGAUUUUUAUCGCGAAGAUCGUAUGGGCAAUGCCUUAAAUAAGGGCAGUUAUGGUCAAUACUCCGACAUGGGUUGGCAGGUAGAUCAUUCUCGUUCUUUAAAAAAAGGAGGCCAAAUGAAUCAUCCAAACAAUCAGCAAAUCUUACAAUCGCGUCAAAAUGCAAGUAAAGGCAGUAAACCUUCCGGAGAAUAUCUUGCAACCGCUGAGCAGAUGGGCAUAUCUGCUGUUCAUGCAUCAGGCGUCGAUUAUCGUUCUGGUGACGUACGAAGCGGAGAUCUAGCUUUCAAACCCGAUGGAACCGUCGACCAAAGAAGUGAAGCAGUACGCAAUGGUGACGUUAUUGUAACACCAAAUGGAGAUAUCGAUGGCAGAUCAGCAGCAGUAAAACAAGGAGAUGUUAUUCUAAAUUAA